CUAACCAUUCAGCUGCUAAUCAGAUGUCUAGUUCCCCCUUCCUUCAGCGGUCCCGUUGGCCUCAGGAAGAGCAGUCGCAGGUCGACAUGCUCUUGCAACGAGUGACUACUGUUUCCCCAUUCUGCCAUGUUCCUCUUUCCUUCUGUCACUUUGUCUCGUUUCUUCAAAUGCCUUUGUUUCUUGCGUUCCCAGCUUUCUGCCAUUAGUUAUCCGUCGGCUUAUUCUCAUUGCCAACUCUCCAGUUCUGUGCCUCUCCUUCACUACACGCAGUUCCCGCCAUGCUCCGCCUGAGACCCUCCGAGAUCACCAUAACGGCUGAGGAUGUCGAGGAGGCGACGCGUGACAUUGCCCGCAACAAAACACGGCUGCAGCGAGGACCCGUUCGCUCCUUGGAUACUGCCCGCAGGUACUUGGCCAACAGCCCCGAUGUUCGACCUCGUAAAGCCCUCUAUGGCAUGCAUGGCGGCGUCGAUUGGCCCUCUCGCGCAGAAAGAGAGGGAGGUAACCCAAGCAUUACCCCUUCGGUGAACCUCGAGGGCCACACUUCGCCAGUCAUGACUCCGUACACUGAGGACCUGACGGACGAGCCCUCGACCUUCCCAUCGCCGAUUCGAAACACACAGCUUGUCUUCAGACCUGCACCUGGCCCAGCUUUGUCAGAUAGUCGCCGCGUAAGAAAUGGUACACCUGGAGGACAUGAGGAAGGCACCCAUGCCCCCAUGCCUCGAAGCAAUCAGCCUGUCGGGGCGAGGAAUGCCAGCAGAACUACUAGUAACGGCACAUCUGAUUUGUCUCCAUCGGAGCCCCAUCCGCGGUCCCGGAAUGCAAAUGCAUGGCAUUUGAAAACAGCCAUUCACUCGUCGUCAGUUGACUGCAGUCAAACUUUAGACAUGUCGAUACCGUCCAUAUCGGAUCAUUCAUUUUCCCACGAGAGUAGGAUGCUUCCAAAACCACACAUUCUACCCAACGCGGUACCGGCACAGCAUGCAAGCCAUUCUGCGGUCAAUUCCAGGACGGAGUCGGCUCCUGGCUCCGCAUCAACGUCUUCUCUCAAUGCAGGAUCCAGUGGCAUCGAAUCCUGUGAAACGACCAAGCCGCGCUCUUCUUUAGACCAUUGUUCCAAAAGAAGACAUACCAGGUUUGACGCUUUUCAGGAGCGCACGAGGAGCUUUUUCGGGAGGAGCAGAGACGCCCUCUCAAGCCAUAAGUUAGGAGGUGCCAUUGGUAGAUCCCAACGACACAUCUCUCGGCAAAGCGAAGCAUCCACUGACUCUAGCCUUCCUUAUUCUUUGUAUGGAGUCCCCAUCUCCAAUAGCCCCAGCGACACACCAUCACGGAGUGAAGAGCAGCUCCCACAUUCCCAGUACAGUGGCGCGGGUUCAUUCAGACACGUUGUUCGGGAAGGUCUCAUCUCGCGUCGUCCAGCGGAGAACAACAGAAGAAGUGCCGUCUUCCCAGCCCCACCACUCCCUCGGAUUGAAAGCGUUUCGUUGCCGAACCUCUUGUCUGCGGUCAGAGGACAAGCUCUGUCACCGCGGCCAGCGGCCCCUUACUCCCGCUUGGAGGCGCACAUACCUCGUUUGACACCGGGAGAUCGGGUUGUUGAUGUUGACGUUGGCCAAGAUGCUUCAAAUGCGGUGGAACGGCGUCUUCCCUCCCCUCGGGGGGUUGUCAUGGAUAGGGGCCAGUUGGAACUUUUCCAUGUGACUGGCGGAGCCUCGGGGAUUAGCCAGCGCCGGCGAGGGAUGCACGUCGGACAGCGUCCUCUAGAGACGAGAGCGGACGCUCAUCCUAACCCUUCAGAUGGAUCCGCCGAACACAGUCCGCAACGUGGAGCUCGACACUCGAGCGAGAACCUGCCCGUUGGGGCAUCCCCUAAUACCAGCGGAACCCAGGUCUCUCAACCGAGUUUGAGUCCCGGUCGAAGAGUCAGUUUCGCAAACAAUCCGCAAAGGCGACCUUCACCGCCUGCUUCUGUGCCUAGCGCAGGUGUUGCCGUCUUCCCAGCACCAGUGCGACUUGAAGCCCCCCAGCGGCGGAAUUCUGUCUGGCCAUCUCGUCCAAGCCUUUUGGAACCCGUCCGCAAUGCCAACGAUGCUCCACCUCGUCGCCGCACCCCGGUCCCUACCCCCUCACUCGACCUCCAUUCCGGAACCAACGGCCACGGUCGUCGGCGCCGUCAAGACCCUCCUCAACGUCCGCGUGUGUACCCGAUUCGGGAAUCAACAUCAGCGACGAUGGGGAUGGCGGCACGUCCGCCUGUUCCGGUCCUGUCGGCGUCGCGGCUGGAGCUACGCGGUGGUGGACAUGGACAGGUUCAGCCUCAUGCCGAUCAGGAGAAUUCGGGAGAGGCCGAGGAGGAGAUGAUGAGGAGGGAGUUGGAGGCUGCUGGGAUGAGGUAUGGUGGGCAUGGAGGGGGAAGGGAGGGGUUGGAGGUCUUGGAUGAGACGCCGCCACGGAUGGGGAGGCUGGAGAGGUGGAUGGAGGGGUAGAGAGUUGUGGUGUAUUGUUAUCAAGUCUCGAUAUCAGAAAGAAAUGGGGUGGUUGGGUGUGAUUGCAUUCGCUAGUUGGGUAGAGGUGGGUUUGAACCAGCUUUGGAAGCGCUGAGAGGAGCGUUGAUGUUUUACCUGCUGUUGUCGAAGAG